GGAUGAUCACGUGACUUGCUUCACAGCUGAUCGUGACAUCACUCGGCAACAUGGCGGACUGGAAUAGAGGUCAUGACUCUGUGGACGACAUGCUGGAUGCUGAGAACAAGCGGCUGGCUGAGAAUCUGGCAACCAAAGUCUCCAGACUAAAAUCUCUGGCUUAUGACAUCGACAGAGAGGCAGACGAUCAGAACGAGUACCUGGAUGGAAUGGACUCCAACUUCCUGAGCGCCACGGGGCUGCUGACCGGCAGCGUCAAGCGUUUCUCCACCAUGGUCCGGUCCGGCAGAGACAACCGCCGCAUCCUGUGCUACGUGUCUGUGGGUCUGGUCCUGGUCUUCUUCACGCUCUACUACAUGAUCAUCAGGCUGCAGCGCUGACGGCCGGGCCGGUCCCGGAGACCGUGGCGUCAUAUCUGGUCGCUUUAAACAAUAAAAGGAGACUUUUUCCGAGCAGAAGAUGGAUCGUUGGUGUGACCAGCAGGGGGCAGCGGUCAGCUCAUAAGGAUGGCGACAAGGACGCUGGACUUUUUAUAAAAACAAAUCUAUUCGAACUGCUUUCCAUGUCGGCUUAGGGAGCCAGGAGGUCCGCAUCUGGACGGAGAGGGGGCGGAGUCAGCGCUCGCCUCAGUGGACGAACCGGUCUGAUGAGACGACAUUCUCAAGCUGCUCGCAGUCCGAUACACACUCUGUGGGCUCAGAAGCAGCAGUCACACUCGUUUUAACCACAUGCUGCACUAAUUCAUCUGAAGUGAGCCGGAUCAGUGAAAUAACAGUAAUAAUCGAUUUGAAAGAAUAAUCACAACUUCAGUUAUUCCCCCUUUAGUCUAAUCAAACUAAUUAUGAGUAAAUAUUUAUAAUUUUAUUUUUCCAAAACGUUGAAAAAUAAUUAAAACAUUUAAAUUAUAGUAUUUUCAAUGAAAGUAUACUGUAAAAUGGCCAAAUAUUUUGUUAGAGAGCUCACUUUACUCAGUGAAACAGUGUGAUCAAAACCACAACAAUAAUCCAGACACAGCAGUUAGAUUUAUCAAAGCUUCAUGUUUUUCUUGUUUUUUUUUUUUUUGUUCUUUUAAAGCAGGAGCGUUCCUCUGGCUGGCAGAUUUUGGCUCAUUGAACUUUAAUAAGGCUCCUUUUCUGUUUCAUUUACUAGUUCAAGUUUGGAUGAAAAGUGUGAGCACGCCGGUUGACACUGCACCGGUUGAACCAACUGCUUGUUGUCCCUAAAAGGUGGAGCUGAAUUUGCAGUAUGAGGCGAUCUGCCACACGCACAAAUCAGAAGCUUGUUUCAGUGGACUCGUGUGUGUAAAGGAGAUAAUUUCAUGAAGAGUUACUGAGGAAGAAUGGUUUGUUAGUUCAGGGUGGGGAUAGAAUCCGGGCAGCGCUGGGACAGAUGUUUACGUUCAAGUGGGACAAAUAAGGCAUCCGGUGAUAAAGCUUGUAAUUUGGCACAAGCCUCAUCUGUUUGCUUGUUGCUGCUGCUCUGUGUCUUGAGCGGAUGAUGAUAUUUCAAUCAAUAUUUAAAAUAAAACUCAUAAUUAACCAUUGAAACUACUAAACCAUUUGUAAAGCAUUGUAAGUCCACCUUAAAUGUUCAGUUGAUAUGUGACAAAAAAAAGGUAUCGUAGCAGCUGAUUGAUUUUGAAAUCUCAUUGAAAUUUAGCGGGAAGACAACCAGAGCAGCUCAGUAUGUCACAAGAUUAACAUCAAUGCAUAUCACAGUACACACAACUGCAAUAAAUGAGUUUCUGUGCACUGUGCAUUCAGUCAGAUGGAGCCAUGCUGCCCUGGAUUGAAAAUGGAGCCCGUUUCUCUUCAUCAGUUCAAACCUGAUGGCAGAAGUACAGAAGCUCAUAAAUAAAGGAGGGAAAAUUAAAAAACUCUGCAGAUAGCUCGGCUUCUGAAACUCUGAUUCUGGGAAGUGCCGAUUAAUUAAUUAAUUAAUUAAUUUAUUCCAGAAGAAAAAUGUGCAUGGUGCAGUUUCGCCUGGUUACAAUUGGGUCCAAGAAGAGAGAGAGAUAUGCUCUUAUUUGAAAGUAUAACAAAGUCCAAAUCACAUCAGCACCGGAUACUGGAGUCUCCUUGUGUGUGUAUUUCAUGGUGGUCUAACAUGCAGCCCUACAUGCAAAAUCUUUUUUUUCUACUUUUCUAGUUUCAUCUAAUCAUUGAUGUCCAGUGAAGAACGCUCUCUCGAUCGAAGUUUCAGUUUUUUUAUUUCUUCAUGGAGUCAUUGAGUGGAAUUGUUGGAGAUUUUUGGGACAAAAUAAAGGUUUUUCUGUCUGUUGACACUU